UGCCCCUGAGCUAUGUUUUCUCCAGCUUUUGUUGCCAUAACUGCUUCUGAUGCUUUUAGAUCAGUGAAUCACUCAGACACUGCUCCUCCUUCAGCUCCUGCUUUCACAGCUACUGACGAACGAAAACUGCAGCUCCAGAGAUUUCAUGCUAUUGUUGGGCACAGAGAAUAUUGUGAGCAUCUGGCAGCAGACCUCAAAAGCUUUUUCAGUUCUAUGCAUUCCAAAGUAGAAUAAGCACGACUGGCAGUAGUUCUCGGAAGUCUGUGACAUAGUCUCUGCGGUCUUGCUGGACUCACACCUUAGUGACUUUUGCUGUCAUGGACUAAGAAGAAAACAAAAUGACAAGUUGAAAUCUCUGCUGAGAGGCUUUAAACCUUCUUGGCUGCAUGUUUUAUUCAACAAUUCACAGAUGUGCAGCAAUGUCAGACUUUAAACCACCAAAGAUUCUGUUUGUCUGCAACUUGGAUAACUUUAAAAAUCUAAAUUAGGUGUUGUUCUACAAACCCCUGUUUUCAAACUGAUUAUCAAGAUGUUGCUAAACAGCACACCCACAGUAAUGAUGGAGUUCUUGGAAAAUGCAUCGAUUUGGAAUAGCAGCUCUCGGAAUAGCACUUCUGCAGAGUCUCCAGGAAUUGCCAUCUUUAUCUCAUUUGUAUACUCCUUAGUUUGCAUUAUAGGGUUGUGUGGUAACUCUAUGGUGAUUUAUGUUAUCUUGCGUUACGCCAAGAUGAAAACUGCUACUAACAUCUACAUUUUGAACUUGGCCAUUGCAGAUGAACUCCUUAUGCUGAGUGUGCCCUUUCUGGUGACAUCUACUCUUCUUCGUCACUGGCCAUUUGGCUCACUCCUUUGUAGGUUGGUUCUCAGCUUGGAUGCCAUGAACAUGUUUACCAGUGUCUAUUGUUUGGCUGUUCUCAGUUUGGACCGAUACGUGGCAGUUGUGCAUCCUAUUAGUGCUGCACGCUACAGAAGGCCAAGUGUGGCAAAAAUGGUAAAUCUUGGAGUUUGGCUCUUUUCAAUUCUGAUCAUCCUGCCCAUCGUAAUCUUCUCCAGCACUGCACCCAACAGUGAUGGGACAGUAGCUUGCAAUGUGCACAUGCCUGAACCCUCGCAACGUUGGGUGGUGGUCUUCGUUCUGUACACAUUUCUGAUGGGAUUUCUACUCCCUAUGGCAGCCAUAUGUCUCUGUUAUAUUCUCAUCAUCACUAAAAUGAGAGUUGUAGCACUGAAAGCUGGUUGGCAGCAACGCCGCAGAUCUGAGCGCAAACUCACCCUCAUGGUGACUGUAGUAGUAACGGUUUUUGUGGUCUGUUGGAUGCCCUUCUAUGUAGUGCAACUAGUGGGAGUUUUUGCCAGGAAGGGGGACACCACCAUCAGUCAGCUUUCUGUGGCACUUGGAUAUGCCAACAGUUGUGCCAAUCCUUUUCUGUAUGGGGUUCUGUCAGACAAUUUUAGACGGUCUUUCCAGAAAGUGUUGUGCCUUAGUUGGAUGGAAAAUGCCACAGAAGAGCCAGUGGACUAUUAUGCCACUGCCCUAAAAAGUAGGGCAUAUAGUGCUGAGGACCUACAGAAUGGCAUGUUGACAACUGGCAGCACAUAUCGUAAUGGGACUUGCAGCUCUAGGACCCAUUAGAAUUAAUUAAUGUGUUGGAAAUACUAAGACUGUUCCGUAUACAUUGUCUAACAUCUGAAGAAUUACAAGUAAUGUAUACUGUACAUGUAUCUUAUGCUCUUGGGAGAACAAUUAUGAACACUGGAUAUAUGUACACAUAGAAACUGGAAAACUCCUAUUACAUUAAAUUAUUUAUUUUAAUAUGUUGUUACUGUAUAUACAAAUUACCAUUUUGCACUGUUGUACUGUAUAUAAUGAAUAAAAUCAGCAAAAGUCAAA